CGGCACGCGAAGCUCCAAGAGUCGUCGCUUCAGAAGAUUGAUGACGCCAUGCAGCAGGUGCUAGUGAUUGUUGUAGUGUGCAUGUGCACACUACAACGCAUGAAUGCCGAAGACGACGUCGCGGGUGAAGCAGCCGCGGAGCUCACGCCAUGCUAUGAAGGAGGAGUGGAGCUUUAUCCCACGAGACGAAGACACGCAGCUGUGUCGGCCUCAAAGUCUAUCAUUACGAGGAUGCCUUGAAAGCAUCCACGCCUUUUCAUGCUACAGCCACACGCCAACUCUGGUUUCAUCCUCAACUUCAACAAGACGUUUUGAAGUGAUGACCGAAGUGACGUCUUGCCACACACGGGGGAGACCCCAGAAUCGUUCAAUACAGCGCGUCUUCGCGUUCGAUUUCGGGAACCAUGAUCAAGAAGAGUAACCUACCAGAGUGUGUUUGAACAGCAGGGCGAGCAGCCCUUGAAUGUCGUGCGAGGAAAGUCUAGAAGGACUAGGCGCUACU